AUGGUUAACACCACUGUUGCAUUAGAUGACGAGGAUGUACCAGAAUUGGUUGAUGUAGCUGGUAGCUAUGAUCAUCCAGAAAGUAUGCCGCUUAAAAGGGUGCCAAUAACUAUUGUGACGGGUUAUCUUGGAAGUGGUAAAUCCACAUUGCUAAACUAUGUGGCUACUCAGAAGGAGAAAAAAAUUGCAAUGAUUAUGAAUGAAUUUGGCAGUACAGCAGAUAUAGAGCGAGCACUCACGGUAAGGGACGGCCAAUCGAUUUACGAAGAAUGGCUGGAACUGGAUAAUGGAUGUUUAUGCUGUACUGUCAAGGAUAAUGGGGUCGCUGCCAUCGAGAAGCUAAUGGAAAAGAGCGGUAAAUUUGAUUAUAUUCUACUCGAAACAUCAGGAGUGGCAGAUCCUGGUCCUAUCGCUAAUAUGUUCUGGCUGGAUGAUGCUCUACUAUCAAGUAUCUAUUUAGAUGGAAUCAUAACUGUGCUCGAUGCUGAGAAUAUUGUCAAGAGCCUUGAAGAUGUGACGGAAGAUGACCAGUCCAAAAGAGGCCAGAAAAGUAAGGCCGAAGAAGUGCUUCCCCGUAUUUCGACAGCUAGUAUUCAAAUAGCCCAUGCUGAUGUUAUUAUUCUCAACAAGUGUGACAGAUUCGUCACGAGACCCUCAGAUCUCGAAGCUAUCAAAGCAAGGAUAAGUAGCAUCAAUUCCAUUGCACCCAUCGUAGAGAGCACAUAUGGAAAAGUUGAUCUGUCUAAAAUUCUAGAUUUGAGAGCCUAUGAUGGAACGAUAGACAAUGCGAGACUCAGCAGUUCCAAAGAGUUAGCCAACGGAUGGCAUGAUCAUAGAAUAGCGACAAUAGCGCUGGGGUUCGAUAAGACAACCCAGGAGCAAGAGGAAAAAAUAGAGUCAUGGUUGCAACACGUUCUUUGGGAAUAUGACAUUGAUGGUACUGUUGUGGAGAUACAUAGAACCAAAGGACGAUUGAUGCGAGAUGAUAAUAGCAGACAGACCCGAAUUAUACAAGGAGUCAGAGAUACCUACGAUAUCGUUGAUUUGGAAGGCGAGUCACCUCUAACUGUAGAUGAUUUGGAUAUGAACUAUGGAAAACUAGUUCUCAUUGGGAAAAAUAUCAGCUACGAGCUAGUGAGCAAAAGUUUCUCUGAUUAUGUAGAUAUUACCGUGAAACAAAUAUAG